AUGUCGAACAUUAUUGGAAAAGCGGGGCUUGGUCUUGUGAGGGCGUGGCACCAUGUAGAUCUCUCCAAGGACGAGCGUACAUUGGGUCGCUUGGCGUCGUCGAUUGCCAUUGCUCUCAUUGGCAAGCAUAAGCCAAUUGUACAUGAGACAGAAGAUGCUGGCGACUAUGUUGUUGUCUCCAACUGCCAGCAUCUCAAGGUCACUGGCCGCAAGCUAGUCGAGAAGACGUAUUGGUCGCACACCACCAGACCGGGUUCCGGGAAGGCCACUCCUAUGGAGAAGGUGAUUGAUGACUAUGGUUAUGGAGAAGUUGUUAGACGUGCCGUGUCCCGGAUGCUUCCAAAGGACAGACACAGAAAGGCUAGGUUACAGAGACUCAAGGUCUUUGACGGCUCCACCCAUCCAUAUAGGGGGAACAUCAUUGCUUGGGCAGACGAAACACCUCUAGUGGAGAAGGCCAUCUUGGAGGCCAAGGUGAGGAACGAACAGCUCUCCAAGUUCAACGAGCUCCUCAAGGAGAAGAAGUUGUAG